GCUCCUGCGGCCCCCCUCGGCUCCUGUGGCAGCGCCAUGGCCACAGCCGCGCUCCUCGGCCCCGUGUUGUUCAUUUACUUCACAUGUAUAUCUACUGUCCAGACUACUGACUGUCUGCACUUGAGGGAGCAAUGUAUUAAUGCUGGAAAUGGAUGUGAGAGUGUCUGGAAUGUGGUUGAAGAUGCCUGCAAUAUUUCAGUUCUAGGUAAUAGAUGCAAGGCAGAAGACAGUGUUGGAUGUAAUAGAAUAAUCCAGGUCCUGGCUGAUGAAUACCCAGAAUUUAGAAACUGUGUCUGCACUACAGACGAUAUCUGUAGCAUCACAACUUUGCUUGGGGAACUGUGCAGCAUCAACAAAGACUAUUUGGAGUCUCCCUCGGGGUCGGACGCUGAGCUGGGUGUCAGGCCCCCCAGGAGCCCUGAGGAUCCGGGGAGCUGUGGCGUGGCGAGGCGGCUGUGCCGGGAGCAGCCGCGCUGCUGGGCCGCGCACCGGAGCUUCCAGCGGCACUGCCGGGCACCCGCGGGCACCUGCAGCUCCCGCCGGCCCGCCGGGUGCCUGCUGGCCUGGAGAGGGCUGAGGACAACGCCCCUGGGAAGGUGCACCUGCCCAGAGCCGCGUCGCGCCAGAUGCGUCAAAAUCUGGAAGGGAAUAUUCAACAACCCUUGCUUACAGCACUCGCAGGAGAGCCAGGCCUCAGGAGCUGGUCACAGUGAUGGCAGCGAUGAUGACUACAGUGCUGAUCUCGAUGACAAUAUUAGUAUGGAAACAAAAUUACAAUGGGGUUUAUCUGCUCUAUCCAAACAAGCACACACAACAAACAGGAGCUGUUUGGAUGUGAACAGGGAGUGUGUUGAAGAUGAAGUGUGUAACAAACAGCUGUCCCUGUACCUAAAACUGUGCUCAGUAAAUAAGAAGUGCAAUGUGGAAGGAUGUCAAGCAGCCAUAAGGUUCUUCUAUGGAAACAUGCCUUUUGAAGUUGCCCAAAUGAUGAUAUUUUGUGACUGCAUCCAGCAUGAUGAAUCCUGCCACAGAGCCAAAGAACUUCUCCAUGGCAAGCCCUGUGCAGUUACUGUAGUUCCACCCCCAUCAUGUCUGAAUGUAAUCCAGAUGUGUGAAGAGAAUGAAUUGUGCAGGAAAAAAUACACAACUUUUCAGUCAAAGUGUUGGAGACAUGUGACAAAAAAAUGUUAUAAUGAUGAAGCUUGUCUUGAAACCUUGCUCAAGCGUGCCGUGCCCUGUUCUGCCACCACCGAUUGCAAAGCAGCCUUCGUCAGCAUCUGGGGCACGAUGCUGCUCACAGAGUGCACCUGCCAAAACGUGCCUCCCGAGGAGCAGCCUUUGUGUGAGCUCUUCCACCACAUGCUGCACAGCAAAUCCUGCUUCAGGGACUUGCGUCAAAUUUCUAUUCAGAAGAAGGGUUUUCACUGGGUAAAUACAGAAAUGCCAGGGGAAAAGAUUUCCGGAGCACAGCUCCAUUCUUCUGCAAUUAAUGGUGAAACUGUCUACAUUAUUGCUUACUCCUCCUGCAUAGCUCUCAUCCUAGGAAUAGUCCUGUUGACUCUCCUAAAGAUCAGAGCCUGCAGAACAAAACAUGAGUCAAGACGUCUCUCGCCAGACCAUUCUUCUGAAACAUUUAUGGCCCAUUAUAAAAGUCACAGAUGAACUACUCUCUUGCUUGUGCUUUUUAAGGCUACUCCUGAAAGCCAGCCUGUUGUACAUAUGUGAUAAUAAAAUAUAUAUUAGAAAAACUACUAUAAAUUAUGAAAUUUUGUAGUUAAGCAUACAAAAUAUUUUUUAUAUUUAUUAGCUUAUUUUUAGCCUUUCAAAAGCUGAAAAAAGGGGUAAAAAUGGUAAAACUGUGCUGUCUCUUAUUUGUGUAGAUCCACAGAUCUGUCCUGAGCUGUACAUUUCCUAGAUUUUUAGAUACACAUGACACUGGUAUAAAUGCUGUAUCAACAAUGGCAAUCUUUGAAGCCCACCCUUUCUGAUCUCUACUCACCUGGAAGAAAUUUAAAAAAAUCCACUCAGAAACGUUUUAGAGACCUGAUAAAGAGCACAUUUGUGUCAGUUUUGUAUACCUGGCUCCCAGGUACCAAGUACCUGAAGCAGCAGUCACAGCAAAGCUGCCUGUAGUUUGAUGGUGGAGCACUUGCAGGGUAGGAGGAGAUCAGGGUUACAGCCCCCAAUGAACUAAAAUGACUCUCUGGAAUAAUGCUUUGACUCCAAAAUGUUGGUGCUGAAAAUGUUUUUAAUUUCUCCUCCAAUAUGCUCCUAAAAGAAAUGAUUGGGGUUUGUCACUUUAAAUACAAUAACUUUAGAGAGAAAUUUUUGGUCUGAAUUCCCAGUGGAGAAAGUCACUUGCUUGGGGCUGCAGUGCCUGCUUCUCAGGACAGAAGCUGUGACCCAUCUCACCAUCUGUGUUUCCUAUUCAUUGUCCCUAGGCAAGACACGAAGUGCCUGAUUGUCCCCUUGCACUGUUCUGGGAGCCAUGGCCCCAAACACCAUCCUGGAUCCCACCUUGUGCCUAGGAGCUC